AUGAGUUUUAGCGGACAAAAUAGCGGCUCGCUAGAGACACUUGAAGAGGAGGCUUCGGCUUUGGGUAAGAUGGGAUCACCUAGGGCCAUUGGCUCGAUCCAACAACAACAACAACAACAACAACAACAACAACAGGGACUCAAGACGCGCAACAAAAAACCAAUGUAUCCAGAGUCGUCGUUCGCAAUGGGCAGUAGUAACGGUGCUGUGAAUAGCAAAACUAUUGGGCUAGGAAUAUCUCGCAGGCCUAGUGAUAAUGUAUUAAUGAACUUGGCUCAAGAGCAGCAGGAACAACAACAACAACAACAACAACAACAACAACAACAGCAACAACUACAACAACAUGCAAUGUCUCCACCACCAUCGCGCAAAAAACUGAUAUCUAAUCACGAGCGCCCGCUUUCGAAUGAUUCUAUUGUGACUCAAAACUCAAAUUUGUUUUCUUCCAACGCCAGCUCCACAGCCUGGUCGUCGAACGACAGCUCUAGGGGAUCUUCCAUUAUUGGCGAGCUCUCUGUAGAUAACGUCAAACGUAUUGGUGAAGAGGUGUCCUUUGCAGAAACUGACGGGGAGUCCACAAUCGACCUGACGUCAACUGCAGGCUCGGAGUAUUCUGCAUCGACCCAGCAAGAUCUACAAGCACAAGCACGCCAGUCACAAGUACAAAAUCAAGCGCUACCGAAGAACAGAUACGUUUUUGCUAACGGCUCUAUGGCUCGUACCCAGGCCUCCUUCUCGUCCAGUCAUCCGUCCCCUUUGAAAAAUGACUUUAGCCGAAACUCCGUACCCAACAAGCUUUACUCAAAAUCUACAUCCGCUUUGGCGCAACAACAGCAGAAAACCGCUUACAGCAGCCAGCAAGCAACAUUGACACCCUCUCAGAGGUAUCGUCUGCGCAAAGAGCAGAGCAAGACAGCUUUGCAAAACUCCAUCAAACAAAAGGAAAAAUAUUACGAUGAGCAAGAAACUCUACCUUCGAGUCCUUAUGCUAAUGAUGACGCGGAUGUUGGUGCUGAUUUUAUCUGGAAUAUUCCUGUUGCAUCCAAUAGCACAAACUCCUUUUUGAUGUCGUUGCCACAGCCACCUAUGAAAAAGGGUCGGUCAAAACGUUCGCUGGGGUUCUCCCGGUCGUCGUCCCAAAAUUCUGGGCUUUCUGAAUCAUCUUCACAGUAUCUUGAUUACAAUGAAAUGCCGCCUUUACCAAUCCAAGGGCUUGACGGAAGGACGGAUUUUCAAGGGUUUCAACAAACGUCAGAGGCGCUUUCCUCUAUUUACCAACACUCUUCCAAUAGAUUAAUGCAGAGCAGACUAUGGGAGCGUACUAGCUCUAUGGAAACUCUUCCAAUGCAGUUCAAAGUGGCAAGUGACGAAGGGAUGGAGGAUCUCCAGCUGGUUUCUGAAGACAAAGUACAACUCUGUAGUCCAUCAAGGCCUACGUGGUUGCCUCCGAAAGGUGAAGUUGAGCGUAAGAGCCACGAAGAAAAAAUCAAUAAGACUAUGAGUAUGGCUUCACUUGACCAAUUGGAUCGAAGUCGUGGACGCGAAGAAGCGCUCAUACGCGAUGAAACUAAUCGGCAGAAAUUUGUUCUUCUCAUAGCCCGAGGGCUCACGAGACAAUCGUCGCUGCACGAUGUGAAGAAGAUAAUAUGGGACACGCCGUUUUCAUCCGACAUUCGCUCAGGGGUUUAUGAUCUGUUACUUCAGAGUGAAGAACGAAUGAUUAGCGAGCUGUACAUUGAGCCCUACGAUAAGGUUUUAGACAUCGUGCAACACAUGCAUUUCCCCAGGGGUAAGCAGCUUGAGAUUGAAAAACUUCUUGAUAAAAUACCGUCUUCUGAACCCUUACCACAUUUCGACGAAGUAGUUCUUCUUCUGAAGAUGAAGUCAAUCUCAAGUCGCGGCUUACUGCCGGGCGACCAGUUAUUGUUUUAUCACCUAUUGCAUGAAAACGCGGGACUCGAGCUCAAAAAAGUGUGGGAAUUAGUCAACCUCAUUCAAAUGACCUGUUUCAACGACGUCACCACUCUCAAGCUAGACUUGCGUGCCGUGAGUUCGCGUGGUGUCAUUGCCAGCUACAUUUCCAACAGUACAGAUUUCAAAAAUGAAUUCAAUACCGAAUGUCUCAACAUCGCAACCUGGUGGAACAUUCUGAUGCGCAUGGAACACGACCUAUUUAUGUGGUGCUUGGACAUCAUUGUUGUUCACAACAGUCAGUGUUAUAAAAAUCGACCUAUCGUACGAGAAAAAGUUGCGGAUAAAACUUGGGAUCUUUACAAAUCUCAAUACGUUGUUGUCAACUACAAGAUUUUAGCCUCGCUGAUGUUGAACGUUCUUUUGAACUACCAUUUUGGGUUCAAUGACCUGCGGUCACUAGGCGAGAUGACAGACAAGGAAUAUCGUAUCCCAUCAAUUGCGCAAGACUUUCUUGAUAGUGGACAAGAUUAUGAGAUUUUUGUCAAAAAGUGGAGGCAUUACAACAAGAAAUUCUAG